ACUUGAUGAACUGUUGAGUUGAUUUUAUUAGAAAAACAACAAUGGCUAUAGAAAGAGCUUCAUGUCCAGUUCUCAACACUUUGCGUUUCUGCACCAAAAAUUCUUCCAAACUGUACGAUUUUCCUAGAAAACACCUACAAUUUCCCUCUUUCUUCCCCAGAAACUUCAAUUCUAUCAAUGGCAAGCUGUACACUCAUGGAUUAUUUCUCAAUUCGUCAAGUUCAUUCUCCAACACUACCCAGGAAACUCCGUCUCAGAAACUCGCUCUUCUUCUCGAAGUUGAAGGGGUAUUAAUGGAUGUGGACCGAUUGGGCAACCGCCAAGCCUUCAACACAGCAUUCCGGAAGCUUGGAUUGGACUGUGCAAAUUGGAGCCAACCAGUUUAUCAGGAUCUUGUAAAGAAGAGCAUGGGUGAUGAAGAAAGGAUGUUGGUCUUGUUUUUUAAUAGAAUUGGUUGGCCCACAUCACUGCCCACUAGUGAGAAGGAGACAUUUAUGAAAACUGUUCUGCGAGAGAAGAGAAUUGCAUUGGAUGAACUUGUCAUGUCAAAAACCUUGCCUUUAAGACCUGGUGUUGAAGAAUUUAUUGAUGAAGCAUGUGAAGAAGGUGUACCAGUAGUGAUUCUGACAGCCUACUGUAAAAGUGGGGAGAAACAAGUCAGAUCUAUCAUUGAGAAGCUUGGAAAUGAUAAAAUGGCAAAGAUAAAAAUAAUUGGAACUGAGGAGGUAAAACGAAGUGCCUAUGGCCAACUUGUAUUAGGCGAAGGGGUGGCAUCUGACCUAGGUGAGCAACUGGCUAAAGAAGCAAGAAAAGCAGUUUCCGCUGAGGAGCAAAGAAUUGCUAAGGAGGUUGCUUCCAUACUAAAGUUGACUGUCGACAUUGAUACUACUUCAAGUGAAGGAUUGCAGAAUGUUGUGGCUGCACUGAGGGCUGGGGCAGAAUAUGCCGAUGUACCUGUGCACAAUUGUGUGCUUGUUUCUGGAAGUCUAUCUGGUGUUGCUGGGGCAGAGCGAAUUGGCAUGCCUUGCGUUGUGGUCCGGAGCAGUUCAACGGCCAGAGCUGAGUUUCCCGGAGCUAAAGCAAUAAUGGAUGGAUUUGGUGGUGCAGAUUUAACAAUAUCUAGGCUGCGGCAAAUACAAGAAUCCUGAUAUUUGAUUCAAAAGCCAAAAUCCUGUAAAAUUUCUAAACUUAAAAGCGAGUGUAAUUGCGCUUCUGUAAAAUUAUUUACUGUGAAAUAUGCAGGCAUAAGUUAAACAUCUUAUAGCCAUUGACCAUUUGUGGAAUUACUUAUCAAUUUUGGGUUUCAUUUCAUCUCUU